UUCUCAUUUCAUCUAUAUAUUGUGCAAGAUCAUUUUAACAACCAAUUCAAGAAAUGGCUUGUGGGUGUUCAUCAAGAGCAUUAGCAGAGAAGAUUUCAUGGAACUGUGCUUUGUUUGUGGCACUAAUGUUGGUUUUGAGUAGCUGCGAAUCAAGCACACGUGAUGAUGAUGAGUUGAAUGCUCAGAUUCAGAAUAUGCUGCAGGAAAAUGAUUUUAGCAAUAGUGAUGCGAACAACAGCUACAACAAGAAAGUUUGUGAUGAGAUAUAUGUUGUUGGUGAGGGAGAGACACUUCAAACCAUAAGUGAAAAAUGUGGUGAUCCUUAUAUUGUUGAAGAGAAUCCACACAUCCAUGACCCUGAUGAUGUUUUCCCUGGCCUUGUUAUCAAGAUUAACCCUUUCUUUGUUAGUUCAUAAAUAUGUUUCUGUUUAAUUAGGAUUAUUUUUUUCACUUGCAUGGUUCUGUAUACUUAUCCAAUUUAAGGCUAAUUUGAAUAUCCAUGUAGUUUGUUCAUGUUUUGAAGAACUAAGUUUAUAUUUUUAUGUA